AGAAUCAAAAUAACUCUACAAUCACAGACCAUAAAGGUAAGAUAUUAAGACAGUUACUAUCAAUGGUAAUAUACUUUGUUUACCCAUUAAAACAGUGGAGAGCUUUCGAAGGCAUUUAGAGUAAUCUUACAAGGUAUCCAGCUUAACAUUCUAUAUCAGUACCUCACUGAUUCACAUCAUGGUUACGUUAGGAACAUACAACAGGGUCAAGGUUACGAUCAGCUGCUUUACUGCGUAACUGGACCAGAUUUCCUUAAUGAAAACUUAUGAAAGUUGUAUACCAUUAAGAGCAUCAGUUAACCUCUUUUAGGGGGUAAAAAAACUCGUUACCCCAACCAGAAAUCAGAAAAGCCACAACUGUGAAAAUACAACUAGUAAAACCAAAUUUCUUCCCAAAUGUGUAUUCGCAUACAUCCAGAUAAUUUUUGUUGUUAUGGAAUAAAUUAAAAGUGAAAACUCACUUUUCAGAUGUCCAACUAAAUUUUUAAAAACUCAAUUUUAUAAUUUUAACUAUUUUACCCCUCUCACUCCUUGCCUCCUUGGUAGGAAAAUUUGUUUAUCCUUGGUUGGACCAAGAAUCAUGUAAUUAAAAUGUACCGAAUUCUUUCAAGGGCAUACAAGUAUUUUUGUUAUAAAACUCAUCUUUAAGUAUUUUAUAGUUUAUGACGUACACUAAUAAUUUAAUAUAACAAAUACCUUAAAUACACAUGGUAACGCAACAGCAAUCAAAGUUUUUGGACCAAUUGUAGUGGUUGACUUUUUGAUUAGUUAGUAGUUUUGGACCGAUUAGAGGUUGACUUUUAAAUUGAUUAGACUGCUUAACGGCCACAUCACACUGAUUGCCGUCAGCAACUUAGAGGAAAUUUGGUAGAAAUUUCUUUUGGCCAUUCAAACAGAUUUAAAAGUAGGGCUUCUAUUUUAUUUGAAGUCAUUCGUAGCAUUUAAAGGCGCAAAACUUGUUUCGGCAGCACCCAAUUUUUUCACUUGGUUCCAUAAAUUUCAGAAAAUUACUUCUGUAAAAAACAAGACUGCAACAAAAGUCUAGACCGUAGCUAUUAUUUCCUAUUAUCACCUUUUUUAGUAACAUUUCACCUCAAAGGAACUUUAAUAUGGGUUCCCCUUUAAUCGAUAAAUAUAUCAAUAUCUUGGAGCAAUUGCAAUCUUUCAAAAAUAUUCCUCAAGAUUUGCUAUAUUCUUUGCAAAGUUAUUGCAUGUUGAUAUACAGAUCAGAUCAACAAAACAGGUUUAAUGAACCGAUGCCAUGGAUUGGGAUCUAUAUAGCAUUAGCAUCUCUAUUAUGCAUCCUUGCAAUGGUGGCUGAUUUGUUACAUGGUUUGAGAAACAGAAAGCUCUGGUUUCCAAGUACUGUGGACCAAGCCGCAAAGCUCGGAAGCCUGUCCUUUAUGUGCACCAUGAUGGCUAAUUUGUUGCCUUCUCUAGGGACCAUGGGCAAUAAGGAACUCCUCACAAACUUAUUAGCUUUGGGUGUUCUGGUAAUCACCUUGGUUGUGAAUGUUUGUAUUCAAAUAAAAACGGGCCUUGUUUCAUAUGCUGAAGUUUGGCAACCUCAUGCUGUCACACCAGUGUUGCAUACCCCGAGUCAUUAUAGUGGGGCAAUUACCUUUAGUUACGUGGUUAUGUUGAUCUUUUUGCUCAUAAUAUAUAUAUCUUCCGCUUUAACCGUUUUGACAGCCAAACAGCUACUAGAAUCCAAAUACCAGUCAUUUCACUCGACUUCUUCGAAGGACCAAGAGCUACAACAACCAGGUAGCUCAGUUUCUGAGAAGCUAAAGCAGCAUGUGAGAAACUGCUGCAUCAUGGCAUCAACUGGUAGCCCCCAAUUUGUGUUAACGCACUUUGCUACAACGUCUGCUUCCGGGGUGAUAUGUGCUUCAAGUGCAGUAUUACAUGUUUAUAUUAUUUUUUCCACAUUUAGAUCUAGAGUGUACUAUAUGUCAGAAUAUAAAUGGUCAAUGUUAGUGAUUCUCAUAAUACAAUUGGCCGGAGUUGUACUGGGCACGAUUGCCCCAAUAUCUAGAUGUUUCACAGCUUUGAGCUUUAAAUUUUCUGCAAAGUGGAUUUGGAACCAUAUCAAGGUCUUUGAGGUAGAGAGCUACUGGACUCAGAAAAUAUAUGAUUUGAAAGAGAGUAGUAUGCCGUUCCUAACUGAUAGCCGCAAAUCUAAAAUUGCAGUCCAAAAACUGAAAGUCCCAACUCUUAAAUUUUGUAUAGGAUUUCAAAAGGCAACUGUGGUUGCAUGCAAGAUGAUAGGGAUCAUCCCUAUUUUCUUUGUGAUCUGCAUCUUAUAUUGUUUACAUUGUUGGAAGUGGUUAAAAUCCAUGUUUAUUGCCUCUCAAAUCUUGUUGGUUAUACGGCCUGAGCAACAUGAUACAACUAAAGAUAUUAGCCAUUAUGUUUUGCAAGUACAAGAUGACAUGGAGCUUGCAGAACGAACAUUAAGAAGCAUUUCAAACUCUGUGAACCGUUUGAUCCAAAAGGCUGAAAAACAACAACCUAACAAUCUUGUUGAAUUUCUUGAGAGAUCUAGAGGGUUUUUAGGAGUUCAAAUGUUUGACAGUCAUCAAGUUCCGCCUAUAUUUUCAGAAGAGCCCGUCAAUUGCUGGAGCUUACCGCUGGUCACUUUGACUAGCAUCGCCAUUUCUCUUCCUAAUAUCCAAGGCAAUAAAAUUCAGAGUUUGCUAAGUUGUGUGAGUGAAGGUAUUGUAUAUGUCACAGUUGUGGAAGAAAGCCUCAAUACUACCAACGAAUAUGCGACCAUUCAAAAGGCAUCUAAAACAUUGUGGUUAGAAGUUGAAGUGUACCAUAAAUGGCUAGGCAAUAGAAUGCAGAAACUUUUUCCUCAAGUCAAUAGUACAGGAGAGAUCCUUCGAUGGUUCAGAGACACUGCUAAAAACAUGGUCACGGAGAUUAAAAGUAUGGACACCCGUGGGCUAAAGGGGAACUCUAUUGCCAAGUCUAUUUCAGCCAAUUCUAUGUAUCGUAUCUCCCAAACAAUCUUGCUUUACUACCAUGACAACAUUGACCAAAUUAGUCAAGAUCAACUAUUUGAACGAUUAUCAUCAAUAAUAGCUGACAUAAUGGGUGCUUGUUUCACCAACUUACCCCGCGUCAUAGAAAUGAAAUGCAAUUCAACUAAGAUAGAGAAAAGGGAGACUAGUGUCCAAGUUGCAGCCCAACUUCUUGGCGAGACAACACAGAUACUCAACAUCCUUCAAGAUUGCGAACUUCCACGCUUGAAUCCACAUGAGUUGCCAUUUAUUGACAAGUGGCGCACUUCUUUAAAACAACCUUUUCCAUGA